CUAUUUUCUUACGCGCCUGCGCAAUUCAAUGUUGUGAUUUUACUGAAGCAACAUGUCUGCCUCCAUGGUGCGAGCGACCGUGCGAGCGGUCAGCAAAAGAAAGAUUCUGCCUACAAGAGCUGCUCUGACACUGACUCCAGCAGCUGUGAACAGGAUCAGUCUUUUGUUGAAGAACAAGCCUGAAUAUAUCGGUUUGAAAGUCGGAGUCAGAACACGUGGCUGUAAUGGACUGACUUACACACUGGACUACACCAAGGAUAAAGACAAAUCUGAUGAGGAAGUACUACAAGAUGGUGUGAGGGUGUUCAUAGAGAAGAAGGCACAGUUGACCCUUCUGGGUACUGAGAUGGACUAUGUGGAGUCCAAGCUGUCCAGUGAAUUUGUCUUCAACAAUCCAAACAUAAAGGGCACAUGUGGCUGUGGAGAGAGCUUCAACAUGUGAGCCUGGUGGAGCCUCUGUACCCCCCCUGCUCCUUCACCCUGUCCUGCCCAUAAAGACUGAGAGACUGAAUGUUGGUGAGGAAGUGAGACAUGAGGACAUCUGAGAUGUGGAUGUGCCUGUGCUCCUCUUACACUGCUCUGACUGCAGAGAACUCACACACACUUGAGGAGGCCAACUAUGCAUAGCAAUGCUUAGAGGAGGUUUUCAAUACGAUCUGUGUAGACAAACAUUUCUUGACUUGUUGAUUUUAGGUUCAUUUAAAGCUGUAAUACAGUGUUUUAUCACCCAGUGGCAAGUUAUCAGCAGUAUGGAAAAGCUUUUAUUAGUUUGUAAAGUGUAUAUUUAUCUCUCUGUGUAAAUAUAAAUAAUGCAUCUCCCUUGAACCACGCACACAAGCAAAAAAUAACGCACAAAAAACAUUUUCCCUCAUUUAAGAGUAGAUGAGGUUUAUGUUGGAUUCUCUUUUGUUUCAGCAAAGCCAGGACCUUGUGUUUGUACUGUGCAAUAUGUCUCUGUACAUAUGUGAUAAUAAAUAGCUAAAUCCAGUCA